AUGGCUCGAACUGGGAGCCCGAGGACUCUGCUGGUCCUAUUCCUCCUCGCUGCUGAGGCCCUAGCCCAGUCAGCUCCGGCACCUUUCCUAACUACAGCCGGGAGGUUCACCGCUGUGACCAGCCAUAGCCAUGGUCCAACCAGCACGAAAGGGCCUCCGGUGCCCACGACAACAACUCCCCACAACGGCCCAGCCGGCGGCGCCGCUACAUCCGAUGGCCGGAAGCCAGGCUCAAAAAGCUUGGUGAAUUCCUCUGGGAGCCAGCCUCCUAAGCCUUCAGGCUCCUCGGGGCCUCCUGGCACGCUUCACGGUACUGGAACAACCAAACAAGCUCCCAGGCCUUCGGGUUCCUCGGGACCUUCUGGUGCCCAGACUAGCGGCGCUCAAGGGACCAAUAAACCUCCCAAGGGCCCGGCGUCAUCUGGAGUCCCCAAUUCCCCGCAUGGUGGUCCCCGAACCACAGGACAGUCUUCCAACAGCGACAGCCCGAACAAUCCGCCAGCUUCGGUCAGAGGGUCAGGAAAGGGGUCCAGUAAGGGAAUGCCUGGACCGUCUUCGUCUCUCUCGGCCGAUGCUUCAGGCCCGAAUGGCUCCGGAUCUCCAGGCAGCUCUUCGGCUGGUGGCAAGCCUGGCCCGUCGAACGCUUCAGGAGACAGGGCUGGUACACGCUCCGCGGGAUCUUCUCGAUCAUCCAGCGACUCUGGAGCAGCCAUCCUUCCGCCUGUGCCGGUGAGUAAGUCCACCGACCUCUACUCGACUUUUGGAUCAUCCACCAAGACCAUCCCCACGGUCAUCGUGCAAACUGCCCACCCGGUCAAGUCUACAUCCACCCUGUAUAAAGCCGAUGGAGACUCGACCACUGCCAUCCCUGUGGUUGUCACCAAGACCCCAUCUGCCGAGAGCGAUCUGGCGGGUUCGAUGGUCACGACUCAGCCUCCAGCGUCGUCUUCUGCUACCGCCAUGUACAUUGCGCUCCUGGGAAAAUACCAGAGCUCGUUGACGAACGCGAUGGCCUUGUGGAGCAGUGCCAAGGAAGAUCCUACUGAGGACAAAUACAAGGCAGCCAACGAAAAAAUCAAAGAGGUGAAUCCGGAGGACAAGGACAACAAGGAUGAUGAUAACGGCGGUGGUGGUGCUUUCGGGGGGCUCUUCGGUGCUGCUGCUGGUCUUGUUGGCGGCGGUGCUGCUUCUGGGAAGUUUACGGGCGGAUUGGAAAAAGCCUUGAGAGGCGUGUCGGAGGUCGGAAAAGACAUCGGCCCUCCAGCCGCAAAGAUAGGUGCGGCAUUGGGAGGGGGAGCAAAUGCUCCAAGUUUACCAAGUCUUGGUGGCCCGCCGAAUAUCGACAAUCCGUUGAAGGACAUCAAGGGGGGCACACUCCACCGAUUCAGAGUCGUCAACAUCUUCGGAUUCGUCGUCGGAAUCAUCAAGCUCGGACUCCUCAAGCUCUUCCUCGUCUUCGUCUUCGUCUUCGUCUUCGUCUUCGUCUUCGUCUUCGUCCAAGUCGUCAUCUUCGUCUUCGUCCAAGUCGUCAUCUUCGUCUUCGUCCAAGUCGUCAUCUUCGUCUUCGUCCAAGUCGUCUUCAUCGUCUUCGUCCAAGUCGUCUUCAUCCUCAUCCUCGUCCAAGUCAUCCAAGUCAUCUUCCUCGUCGUCGACAUCCACCCCACGGAGCACAACCACGCCGGCAUCUGCAUGUAG